UUUCACUCAAAUCAGAGAGUGAAACCAGCGCUCUUCAUCGUGUCAGCUAUGCACUACGCAACUGCAUGUUUCAUUUCUUUUUUCUUGUAUAUCUCUGUAUGUGAAGUGCAAUCACAAUUUGACUAUGAUUAUUAUGAAGAGAAUAUAGCCAAAAACUGCACCACAUCUGAGUCCAUCACUGGAGGAACAGUGGAGUAUUCCAAUGGCGGUGCUGCAGGUAGUCUGCUAAUUUAUCACUGCAGCGAGGGAUUCGAACCUUAUCCAGUCAGCCGAAAGGUUUGCAACUCUAAUGGAGAAUGGCAGCCUAAGGUAUCCAGGGUCAAAUGUGAAGAAACCAGCGAUUAUGGAGAUUAUGAGGAACCACAGAAGAACUGCUCCUUGAAAGUGUCUAUAACGGGGGGUAGCGUGUCCUACUCCAAUGGGGGAUUGGAGGGAAGUGUGCUGACUUAUCACUGCACGGAACGAUACUACCCUUUUCCAGCGGCACAAAGAGUCUGUGACAGAGAUGGGGAAUGGUCAACCAUGAGUCUCCCAAAUGGAAAGAGAACACUAAAUGCUGUGUGCAAGGAGAUCCUUUGCCCUGCUCAACUUCAGCUUGACAACGGGCAGCUCUGGCCCAGGAGACAGUGGUUCAAGAUUGGAGAAAAGCAGACAUUUUCCUGUCAUGAAGGAUUUGUUUUGACAGGAUCCGCUGAGCGGAACUGCACUCUGUGGGGUGGAUGGACCGGUUCUACACCUGUGUGUGAUGACCAGUCUGAGGACUGUAAAAACCCAGGCACACCUCCAGGGGCCUUACGUUCUGGGCAACGUUUCCGAAUCAGAGACAGAGUGCGCUAUCAAUGUCAGUCAGGUCUGGAUAUGCUUGGCCCCUCUGAGAGACAGUGUUUGGAUUCAAGGGAAUGGAGCGGGACAGAACCGCGCUGCUACGCCCAGUACUCAUAUGAUCAACCAGCUGCUGUAGCUCAGGCCUUAGGAGGAUCUCUGACCGCAGUCAUGGACGUGUCACUCCCCGACUUCAAAAAGCAAGAGCAAGGUUUGGGAAGGACUAUCAAGGUUGCAGAAGGUCGUCUGAACGUCUUCAUCCUUUUGGACACAUCAGCCAGCAUUACACCGGAGAGUUUUCUCUUGGCAAAAAAUGCCACUGUUCAACUUGUCCAGAAGCUGGAUAGCUAUGAAGUCAACAUGAAGUUUGACAUCGUCUCAUAUGCCAGUAAGCCCAGAGAAAUCGUGUCCAUUACAAACGACCCGAGUGACGACGUAGAUUAUGUCUUGAGGAAAUUAAAGGAGUUUAGUGGUGAAAGCCAUGGGAAUGAGAGAGGCACCAAUCUGCACGAUGCCCUAGACAGGGUGUACAAUCAGCUCGCUUUGCUCAGGGAGAACAAACGAAGUCACUUCAAUGAGACUCAGAACGUCAUAAUCAUUGCAACUGAUGGACACUCCAAUAUGGGACCCAGCCCACAAACGGUUUUACCUAAGAUCCGGCACUUACUCGGCUACAAACCUGGCAAUAUAGACCACACACAAGAGGAGCGCCUGGAUGUGUAUGUGUUUGCUGUUGGAGCACAAGUUAACAAGAAAGAACUCAUAAGUAUUGCAUCUUCCAAGAGAGAUGAGCACCAUGUUUUUGUUCUGAAGGACUAUAGAGAGCUCGGACUUGUGUUCAAUCAAAUGAUCAGUGAUUCUGCUGUGACGAAGUGUGGAGUGGCACAAGAGGAGCUGGACAAAUCUGAAAAAACUUACACCGCCAGACCUUGGCACGUCGAUAUUUCCUGGAUGAUAUCUGGCCAGCGACCUCGAAAAUGCAGAGGGUCUAUACUGACGAAGAGCAUGGUUCUGACAGCUGCACACUGCUUAAUAAAAGUAGAAUCCGAUGAAUCUGUAUCAAAAGCCAAUGCUGCAGAUGUAACCAUUGAAUAUGGCAAUGGCCAAGUUAAAGCCUUGGAGCUGAUUCUUCAUCCACAGUUUAAUCUGAAAGGCCUUAAGGACAAGAAUAUAAAAGAGUUUUAUGAUUACGACGUUGCUCUGAUUAGGAUGAGUGCUAUUAAAAUAUCUGUGAAUGCAAGGCCCAUUUGUUUGCCUUGUACCGGUUCAUCAAACCGGGCUCUCAGACUGGCUCCAGACUCUACAUGUGACCAGCACAAGAAACUGCUGCUCCAUCUGGAUGAAAUCCCAGCUCAGUUUAUCAGUCAGGGAACUCAUCGAUCAGACACCCGCAUACAUACUGGUGCAAAAAGAGCUGCAUGCAUAGACAAGGCAAGAUCCACCAUUCCUGAGCACAGCACCGCAUCUGUGUCAGAAGUGGUCACAGACAGGUUCCUGUGCACUGGAGGAUCAGAGAAAAACAGAGUUGAAAUGACUUGUAAAGGGGAUUCUGGAGGGUCUCUCUUUCUACGUAAGAGGAUGAGAUAUUUCCAAGUGGCAGUGGUGAGCUGGGGCACUGAGCAGAUCUGCGGCUUACAAACAGCUGUCAAGAAACAGACUCCCGACGCACGAGAUUUCCACAUCAGUGUGUUCCCUCUGAUGCCCUGGCUCAAGCAGUACCUUGACAAGGAGCUAGUAUUUCUUCCUUAGCAGAACAAUAGAAAAUAACAGAGCUUUGAAACGCAUAAAAACUAUACAAAUUCAACAGACUUCUGUCUUCAAAAUUGUAUGCAGCAGUGCAAGAGAAUAAAUAAUAAUGUGACUAAAACAGAUUAUGACGACACAUUUUUUUCAUGAUCCUACUGAAAAGAUUCAAUACUUCAGGCAACUGGCUUCAAGGAGACACUACAAAUUUAAUGUUAUUAAAAUGAUUAUUGUAAUGAUAUUAAGGGCCUUAGAUAACUGGAGACAAGUUCCCUUCUCUUUGCACAAGAGCAUAUUUGCCUUGCCGUUUAAAGUCACUAUAUUUUUUUUUCUGGGUUUUCGCUUGCCUUUUAUGUAGUUGACACAUCUAGUCUUAAAAAUAGGUACCACAUAUAUAAUGUAGAGGUAAAAACAUUUACGUAUAUGGUAAGCUGAAAUUUAAUUUGAUUUGUUUAUCCAUUCACUUUUGAAAGUCUUUGUUCUAUGAUGAAUGAAUAUGCAUAACAAGAAGAGUCUAUGAAAUGCAUAUAUCACCAAUAAACUUGGAAGAAGUAAGAGAUGUGAAGCAUA